CAUGAGGUACUUUUACCUGCUCCCAACAUUGGUCUUUGCCGCGAGGGUCAUUGCUUUCCCCGCCUAUGGCUCAUUGGCCGGCCUCAGCAAGCGGGAAUUGGAUGCCAUCAUUCCUACGCUCGAGGCUCGAGAGUCAGCGCCACCUCCUGGACCUUUGCCAGACAGCUCUGCAAAAUUGGUGAACGACGAGGGUCACCCGUGGCAACCACUUCGACCAGGUGACAUUCGUGGCCCUUGCCCUGGUCUCAAUACUCUGGCGUCUCAUGGGUACCUCCCGCGAAAUGGCGUCGCAACCCCAGUGCAAAUAAUCAAUGCGGUUCAGGAAGGAUUGAAUUUCGCCAACGGAGCCGCAAUCUUCGCGGCAUAUGGGGCCCUCCUUGUGGACGGCAAUGUUAUCACGGACUUGCUGAGCAUUGGAAGCAAGACGCAGCUCACUGGACCCGAUCCCCCACCUCCAGCAAUAGUUGGUGGACUUAAUACCCAUGCGACCUUCGAAGGCGAUGCUAGUCUGACCAGAGGCGACGCAUUCUUCGGAAACAAUCACGAUUUCAAUGAGACACUCUUCGAACAGUUGGUUGACUUCAGCAACCAAUUUGGCGGAGGGAAGUACAACCUCACCGUCGCGGGGGAGUUCAAGUUCAAGCGUAUUCAAGACUCGAUUGCGACGAACCCCGAAUUCUCCCUUGUCAACAACAGGUACAUUACCGUCUAUGGAGAGACCGUCUUACCCGUCAACCUCCUAGUCGACGGACGCAGCAGCGACGGCCAGUUGGAUCUCGACGUUAUGCGUGGGUUUUUCCAAUUCAACCGUAUGCCUGACGGCUUCUUCCGCGCAAACGGACCGAAAAGUAAUGAAGGUGUCAACAUUGUCAGGCUUGCUCAUCCUGUGCAGCCUGGAAGAAACGUCGGCAAAGUCAACAGCUACACCUUUGAUCCAACAUCCGCCGACUUCUCCACUAUUUGCUUAAGAUACGAGAAUUUUGUCAACCAAACGGUGAAGGGACUCUACCCGAAUCCGACGGGACAACUCCGCAGAGCACUCAACAGGAAUCUCGAUUUCCUCUUCCGGGGGGUGGACAGCGCCCUUGGAUGUACGCAGGUAUUCCCAUACGGGCGAGAUUG